UCAUAUCAGUUCUUAUCUAUGGCGGAUUAUGGCUAUCCUUCCCAUCCACUUUACCUUCCUUGGGAGUUUGACCCCUACCUCUUCGUCCAUCCCAAUCCAAUUUUCCCAUCCUACUCACAGGAUUUUGUAAUACCACCACCUGGGUAUGGUUGGAUUCCUGGUCCCGUGACGCCAGUCCUGCCCCUUGAAUUCGAUCUAGCAUUUCUCUCUACUUCUUAUUGUCGUGCAUAUGCUUGCUUCCUGCAACCAUACGCCCACCAUUAUCCGCCACCUCCAGCUCCGCUAUCUCAGCCGCCGAAUGAUGGCGUCCAUCUAGGAAUCCCAUUAUUACUUCCUGGUUUGCCGGCGCCACACUAUCAUCAGCCGCUUCAGAUAAACGUGAUGACUCAGAUUGUUGCCGCAGGGACUGGUGUGUUUCAUCCUCCUGCCAGAGCUGGGAGGAGAAGGGGGAAUGCGGCAGGAAGAUGGGGGAUCAGACAGAGAAGAGAAGAGGCUUCGAGAGACGCGAGAACCUCGAGUCAGAAUAACACAGGGACGACAUCCUCCCAGGAGAGGGAAGGACGUUGAGAAUCGUGCAUGUAAUCUCCGCAUGGCUUCUGUAAUGGCCUUCCCUGAGGAUUGGAUCUCGCAUCAUCUCAGGUCCCCGUGUCCUGUGUAUAUCAUCAGCGUCCCUUCAAAGUGCCUGUAUAUUUAUUGCCCUGCGUGUCUAGACUUUGAACAAGAACUUGGACUCGUCUCUUUUUUCAUGUUCAGUUAAUGCAAGACUGUGUCUUUACAGCACUAAUUAAUUAAGUCGUGUGUUUCCGCGCUUUCGGUUCGUACUUACCUAUUGCAUGACAUAUAACUUUCUUUUCAUUUUGAAGAUUCAAAUAUUUAUCUUGAUCGACUUCUUUUAUUUUUUUCUCUGAAAAAUAUCAAAAGAUGA